ACGUAUGAAGAGGGAUGCCUGACGCCUGUGAAAAGAAAAAUUCAGCUGUCUAAAAUAAAUGAAAAUAAUAUUUCUGAAAAAAUCGCGAUAGUAUGAAUUUAUUUUGUAUGAAUAUUGUAAUUAAUAUUUUUACGCACAAAAUACAAUAUGUAUGACCAUGUUUUUGCGAAGCACAAAAUUUCCGAUUCAUAAUAUUCUUUAAAAAAUGAAAUAGCCAUUGAAGUUGCGCAGCUGUUACAUUUGUGAAUUAUAAACCGCCUGAAGGCAUAAAACUGCGUGGAGGUUCUGCCUUCUAAGAGUGGAAUAAUGUGUGCAGCUAUAUCAGCUCAAGAGAAGCUGCAGGCUGCAAUGCAGCACAAGAUAGUACCAAACCAGGAGUACCUGCUGCAGGGCAGUGUUCUGGACUCGUCCAAAGACGUGCUCAUCCACCGUCUGCGCGGCCUGGCAGAUAACGUGGACGAACAGGUGGAGACGUUCCAGGACCGGGAGCGAGUGCUCACACUGGGGCCAGUGAGCGGGCAGACGCUGACGCUGUACGUCAGGCAGGCGAUGGACGUCAGGCCCGGUAUGGAUCAGUCGGACACGCCCUGGACGAUGCGCUACAUUGGACAGCCCGAACUCGGUGACAAGAGUCGCCCGACGGUCCUGCGGAACAGCAUUGACGUCGGCUGCACCCCCAACGUGCUCGAGUUCCUCUCCGAGAUGGGCUUCAAGCAGGACUACGAGUUCAUGUGCAAGGGACUGAUGUUCCGCAAGGGACGCAUGAAGAUCCUUGUCUACAAAGUUUACAAGGUAAACAAGACUGCCGACAACUGGGAGCCGCUGAGUAUGUCCCACGUAGUAGAGCUGAGCGUCCUGGCGCCGCAGGGACACGACGCCGUGGCAGAGGACGUGCGCAACUUCGCCGAGCAGCUCAAACCGCUGGUGCAGCUCGAAAAGACCGACUACCGGCGACUAUGAUCGGAGAGAUACUGUCGCGAAGGAUAGACUAGUGGAGGGAUGCUCGCAGAGUGAGAUGAAGUCAUGUUGAGCCCAACCCUUGUGAGCCGCACUAUUGGUGAGCGGAACUCACAGUGGACCGAAUUCACGGUGAGCUAUUUCUUGUGAGCAGAACUCGUAAUCUGCAGUGGUACUUGUGUUGAGUGUAGCUCAAUGUGUGAUGGAUUCUCUCGUGAUAAGAUCAAUUCGCACUGAACUCCUUAGAGCGCUGAGCUCGUGGUUUCCUAAACUCGCAGCAUGUGUGGAUGCGAUUGUGGAUAAUGACUGACGAAACGGAAUGUGAAUUGUGACAGUGGCGACUUGUUUGCUGAUGACAGGUGAUGAAUCAAGCGAGCCUUUCGUUACUGAGCGCCCAUGGGCCUUGUGUUGGGUAUCUUUGACCCAGAGAAGGCUUAUCGGGACAAAUUAAUUUAUGCCACAUGUCUCAUAGAUUCAUCGUCGAUGUUGUUUUUCACCAUUCAUAACAGUGCCGACUUGUUUCGUCAUUCGUGCAUCAUAUGCAAAUUAUGUGGUGUGAUGUGUUGGGAUGAAAGCGAGUCCCUGUCGGUGGUCUGCCAUUCGCGUUAUGCGCAAAAUACACCGAUAUUUUUUGACACA